AUGACUGACAUCAAACUCAGACUAAAAAAGCAAAAUGACGAUUUGAAAGAAAAACCACUAUCGAAGCCAGCAAAGUCUAAUACAUGCAAAAAUGGGGAAGAAAUUAGUGAUACUGGCCCUCUCUGCACUCAAAUUUGUGUAUCCCCGAACAAAAACAGACGAUUAUUUCUCUAUGUUCUAUGUUUUAGAAUUAUAAAUUCAUUUCUCGUUCAAACAUUCUAUGUUCCCGAUGAAUACUGGCAGUGCACUGAAGUUGCUCACAAACUUGUCUUUGGUUAUGGUCACAUGACCUGGGAGUGGAAGAAUGGUUUAAGAUCUUACAGCUACCCACUCAUCUUUGCUGCAUACUUUUACGUUCUCAAGCUUUUCAAACUCGACUAUUCAGUUUUGAUUCAUCAUCAACUAAGGCACGAGUUUGAAAGUUUUAAUACGAGAUGGGGCAAGUUGAAAGUGUUAAGCAGUUUGGUCAUUCGAUCAGUUUUUGUCAGUUUAGCGUUGCAGAUGUUGUUCUCGGCGAUUGAUAGUUACAUGCACGGUUCAUUCACAUUCGUUCAGUACAACUUUUUUAAGUUCAAUGUUCUCCACAACGUGGCCGACUUUUAUGGGGUACAUUCCUGGCAUUGGUACUUAACUGAGGGCUUGCCUGUUGUUCUGUGUACUCACAUCAUCUUCGUCGUCAUUGGCAUCUUCAUCAUCAUCUGCAAGCAGAGUAAAAGCACUGACGAGAUGAUUGUUGGAGACAGUGUCUUCGUCAGUGAGUGUGGAAGUGAUGGGAUGUUUCUGUUCAUCAUUGUUUGGACCGUCUUUAUUUAUAGUCUGUUGGGUCACAAGGAGUUCAGGUUCAUGUCAGGUCUUCUUCCCAUCUUCAUGCACGUCUCUGGUGUCACUGCCUACAAACUCUUUCAACAGCCCAUCAUACACAAGGCAAUGAAGUCACUAAACUCAUCGUCGUCAUCAUCACCAUCAUCGUCAGUAACGCAUAGAGUAGGAAAACUUACUCAUCACCUGAAGGGAACAUUGUGUAAAAAUCUGUCAGUGUCACUGAUCGUUGUUCCUAAUAUAAUUCUAGGGAUGUACCUGUCCAUUAUUCAUCAGAGGGGUCCACUUGAUGUAGCGCUAUAUCUUUCAAAACAUCUCGACGAUCGAGAUAGUGUGUUAUUUCUCAUGCCUUGCCAUUCUACGCCAUUCUAUAGUUACAUACACAAGAACGUCACAAUGCAAUUUCUAACCUGCGAACCGAACCUGAAUCACGCCAUACACUAUGUGGAUGAAGCUGAUUGGUUCUUCAACUCGCCAUCAAAAUGGAUCGAGCAAUACGAUUGGUCGACACUUAAACAAAAUUCAAAUCGAACUUACAUCGUCAUGUUUGAUAGGUUGUAUGAGAGAGUGAGAACUGAUCUUUUAUCUAAAGGGAGUAUGAGUGGAUUAAAAAAGUUGCAGAUCAUGUUUGCCGUCCUGGCGUUACAUCUCAUCACGAUACCGUCAUAUUCAGCCCAGUGUGUCGAUUCGGACAAACAUGAGUGUGAGAACCGCUUGAGACCUCAUCAUUGCUACAUCGAACACAACAGGAAUUUGUGCUGUGAAACCUGUAGGGAACACGAAACCAGCGAUCCAAAGUGCAUGUACGGCGACCACGACACAGUCAUCGUCAGAAGCAUCGACAACGAAGAGAACAAGUACAAUUGCGAAAGUUACAUUUCUUUCUUUGGCCGUCAUCACUGUAGGAUUGAGCCGAAGUUCCAAGAUUUCUGUUGUUCAAGUUGCAGGAGCUCUACGUCUGACUGAAGAAAGGACUCGAUCAGACAACUUCAUAUCAGUUUUUAUUGUCUGAAAUGUCUGACAUUUUAAACAGUUGUGAGUGCUUUGUCAUCCGUUUAUUUAUUUUAAAAUGUUAUUGAAAAAUAUAGAUUUAGACAUUAUUUUUUAAUUAAAUAUCCACUAAAACUAAUUUGUUGAAUUCAGAUUCAAGUAAUUUCUCUUAAUAUCAUUUUUUGGUUAACAUUAACGAAAUGAGAAUGUAUUCAACAAAGCAGCUAAUGUUUAAUAUUGACGAUCAAUGUUUAGAAGCUUUUUUACGUACGAACUUUGAAGAAAAUUUGUGUUGAAUGCUUUUUUUUAAUUUGAAUCAGUCAUUAAUUGAUUGACUAUAAAUGAUAAACAGACUUCCAUCCGAA